AAAAAAAAAAAAAAAACUGAGAGCGCGAGAGGGGGGAAAACUCCAGUAAGUGCACAAGCUGGCCUUGGAGGGGGAGACGGCGGUCAUGUGGUUCUGGCCAUCCUACCCUCUGUCACAGUGCGGAUGAGAGCUUUUUGCUCUUACCCAAUCAUGCCUGGAAUGCCGCUUGCCACUUGGGUUAUUUCUGCUAUCUGUCGCUCCUGGUGCCGCAGUGCUAACGCUUUGGCAGAUGGGACACUUUUUCUUGGAGUUUGUGUCUUCGGUUUUUGACUGCUGGCAGUGCCGGGCUCGUUGUCGCCGCUCACCCUCUCCCUCCCUGCCCCCCUGGGCACCAUGGCCCAUCGGCUUCGGUUUCAUUUUGGCUCUGGGCGCAGCAACACAGCCCCUGAGUCCGAGAUCCUAGACCAGGAGAGGGAAGAGGACUUUUUCAUGGCAUUCCACACGCUGCCGCGGAGGAGUGGCCCGCACCCCUUCGCCCCGCAGGGCGCGGAGGACCGCGGUGGCCUGCAGGAGGCCGUGGGCGCGCUCAAGCGCAGCACGUCCAUGUUCAUCCCGCAGCUCCUGGGCCCGCUCGACGCGCGGCCCACCCGCAGCUCAUCUGUGCAGAUCUCCCUGCAGCGCAAGGCGGCCGACGGGGCCCCCGACGCGGGUGCGCCGCCCAAGGGCCCGGACGGCGACGCGGGCUCGGCAUCCCGGGCCGGUGGCCCGGAGCCCCCGGAACCCGAGCCCCCCGGGAGCUCGCCCCCGAGGGCGGCCCGGGCUCCGGGCCCGCAGCUCAACGGCACGUGCGGCCGCCGAGCGCCCGGCCUUGCCGCCUGCGACGGCCGCGAGGAGGCCGAGCCGAGGGCCGCCUGGGGCCCCGAGGGUGGCGGGGCGCUGCGGAUCCAGCACCGCGCCUCCAGCGCCGACGUGCGCCAGGUGAGGCUGACGCCCUUCGGGGCCGAAGGCCAGAGCAGCCCUUCGGCGCCGGAGCCCAGGCGCUGGUCCCUGCAGCACGUUCCGGAUGCUUCUGGAAGCUCCGGGAAGCGCUGCUUCGUCUUCCAGUUGCAACAGCCGCAACCGGGCGCUCCGGGGCCAGGCGGUGACUUCAACUUCGGUUUCACCGGCACGAAGGGGGACAGGCUGGUGAGGUACCCCCGCAUCCGGCUGGAGAGGAGCACCUCGUACCCCACGCAGCCCCGCGCAGAGCGCGGGAGCCCCACGGAAGAGCGGGGCCACCCGGAGACGCCGCCUCGGGGCCGCAGGGGGGCUCCCGAAAUCCACAGGACCAACUCGGUGGAAAGGACGCCACAGGGGCAGGGCUGCACGUUUAAGAUCAGGCAAGAUCAGAAUGCGGGGCAGCAGCACUUCAGAAUUCUCGUGACUCGGGGGCCGGAAGAAGCCCCCCAGAAUCCCGAGGAGAAUAACGCCAGCAGCCCUGGUACCACUAGGGUAGCUGGCGCCCCGACACGGGACGACUUCCUGGGACAGGUGGACAUACCCCUCAGUCAUCUCCCGACAGAAGAUCCGACCAUGGAGCGACCCUACACAUUUAAGGAUUUUCUCCUUAGACCAAGAAGUCAUAAAUCUCGAGUUAAGGGAUUUUUGCGAUUGAAAAUGGCCUAUAUGCCAAAAAAUGGAGGUCAAGAUGAAGAAAACAGUGAGCAGAGGGAAGACAUGGAGCAUGGCUGGGAGGUCGUGGACUCGAAUGACUCGGCCUCUCAGCACCAGGAGGAGCUCCCUCCCCCUCCACUGCCCCCCGGCUGGGAAGAGAAGGUGGACAAUCUCGGUCGUACCUAUUAUGUGAACCACAACAACCGGACCACUCAGUGGCACCGACCGAGCCUGAUGGAUGUGUCCUCCGAGUCGGACAGCAACAUCAGGCAGAUCAACCAGGAGGCGGCACACCGGCGCUUCCGCUCACGCAGGCACAUCAGUGAGGACCUGGAGCCCGAGCCCAGCGAGGGCGGGGACGGCCCAGAGCCUUGGGAGACCAUUUCUGAAGAAGCGAACGUCACUGGAGACUCCCUCAAUCUAUCACUGCCCCCACCACCAUCCUCCCCAAUGUCUCGGACCAGCCCUCAGGAGCUGUCUGAGGAACUGAGCAGAAGGCUUCAGAUCACUCCAGACUCCAAUGGGGAGCAGUUUGGUUCUUUGAUUAGAGAGCCGUCCUCGAGGUUGCGGUCCUGCAGCGUCACGGACACGGUCGCGGAGCAGGCUCAUCUGCCACCGCCAUCCGUGGCCUAUGCACACACCACGCCGGGCCUACCUUCAGGCUGGGAAGAAAGAAAAGAUGCUAAGGGACGCACAUACUAUGUCAAUCAUAACAAUCGAACCACAACUUGGACUCGACCUAUCAUGCAGCUCGCUGAAGAUGGUGCGUCCGGAUCCGCCACAAACAGUAACAACCACCUAAUCGAGCCUCAGAUCCGCCGGCCCCGUAGCCUCAGCUCGCCGACUGUAACCUUAUCUGCCCCACUGGAGGGUGCCAAGGAUUCGCCCAUACGCCGGGCUGUGAAAGAUACCCUUUCCAACCCACAGUCCCCACAGCCAUCACCUUACAACUCCCCCAAACCACAACACAAAGUCACACAGAGCUUCCUGCCGCCCGGCUGGGAAAUGAGGAUAGCACCCAACGGUCGGCCCUUCUUCAUUGACCAUAACACAAAGACUACGACGUGGGAAGAUCCACGCCUGAAAUUUCCAGUGCAUAUGCGGUCAAAGGCAUCUUUAAACCCCAAUGACCUCGGCCCUCUCCCUCCUGGUUGGGAAGAAAGAAUUCACUUGGAUGGCCGAACGUUUUAUAUUGACCAUAGCAGCCAGGUGUUAUGUGGAGAGAAUGAGGCCAGAGACUCAGUGCCCUCAUACGAUAGCAAAAUUACUCAGUGGGAAGACCCAAGACUGCAGAACCCAGCUAUUACUGGUCCGGCUGUUCCUUACUCCAGAGAAUUUAAACAGAAAUAUGACUACUUUAGGAAGAAAUUAAAGAAACCUGCUGAUAUUCCAAAUAGGUUUGAAAUGAAACUUCACAGAAAUAACAUCUUUGAAGAGUCCUAUCGGAGAAUCAUGUCUGUGAAAAGACCAGACGUCCUGAAAGCCAGACUGUGGAUCGAAUUUGAAUCAGAGAAAGGUCUUGACUAUGGGGGUGUGGCCAGAGAGUGGUUCUUCCUACUGUCCAAAGAGAUGUUCAACCCCUACUAUGGGCUUUUUGAGUACUCUGCAACGGACAACUACACACUUCAGAUCAACCCCAAUUCAGGCCUCUGUAAUGAAGACCAUUUGUCCUAUUUUACUUUCAUUGGAAGAGUUGCUGGUCUGGCAGUAUUUCAUGGCAAACUUUUGGAUGGUUUCUUCAUUAGACCGUUUUACAAAAUGAUGUUGGGAAAGCAGAUAACUCUGAAUGACAUGGAAUCUGUGGAUAGUGAAUAUUACAACUCAUUGAAGUGGAUCUUGGAAAAUGAUCCUACUGAACUGGACCUCAUGUUCUGUAUCGAUGAAGAAAACUUUGGACAGACCUAUCAAGUGGAUCUGAAGCCCAAUGGGUCGGAAAUAAUGGUGACAAAUGAAAACAAGAGGGAAUAUAUUGACUUGGUCAUCCAGUGGAGGUUUGUGAACAGGGUCCAAAAGCAAAUGAACGCCUUCUUGGAGGGAUUCACAGAACUGCUUCCUAUUGAUUUGAUUAAAAUUUUUGAUGAAAAUGAGUUGGAGUUGCUGAUGUGCGGCCUUGGCGAUGUGGAUGUGAACGACUGGAGGCAACAUUCUAUUUACAAGAAUGGCUACUGCCCAAACCACCCUGUCAUUCAGUGGUUCUGGAAGGCUGUGCUGCUCAUGGACGCCGAGAAGCGGAUCCGGUUACUGCAGUUUGUCACGGGGACGUCCCGAGUACCUAUGAACGGCUUCGCCGAACUUUAUGGUUCCAAUGGUCCUCAGCUGUUUACAAUAGAGCAAUGGGGGAGUCCUGAAAAACUGCCCAGAGCUCACACAUGCUUUAAUCGCCUUGACUUACCUCCAUAUGAGACCUUUGAAGAUUUACGAGAGAAGCUUCUCAUGGCCGUGGAAAACGCUCAAGGAUUUGAGGGGGUGGAUUAAUCGCUCCCCGCCCGGCCUCGGGGUGGUUGGUCGUCCAGCAAGUCCUGCUUGCACUUUUGCAUUUGCCUAACAACAGACUUUGCAGAGACCAGGUGGAAAGAGGAGCCGCAGGUGUGGCUCCUGGAGCCGAGCCUUCUCGAGCCUUCGCCCACGACUUGCCCAGGUUCAGACGUGGGAGCCCCAGGUCGAGUUCCUGCAUUUUCCACCACGAAUUAUCAACUGGUUGAUGUGUACACUAAUUACAUUUCAGGAGGACUUAAUUCUAUUUAUGUUGUGCCUCUGUAGGCAAAGCCCUUAAUAAAUAUUUUACAUACUUUAUAAUGACAAUGAAUGGAAUUAAUCAUCUACAGGUAUAGUAUUACAACUCAUGUUUACUUUUUAAAAUGAUUUAGAUCGAUUUUCAGAUUUUAUUUCAUUACAAUUAAAGAUGUCUCGUGUACUUGGAAAAGUGAGCAUAUUUUUUUUGUAUUUGAAUUUCAUACCAGGUUUAAUGUCAGUGACUUUUUUUUUUAUUUUGGAAGUACUUUGAGCACCCUCCCCACUCCCUACUUCAUUAGAAUUGGAAGACUGAUUUUUGUCCAAAAACCUUCUACAAACAAGUACUUUGAGAGCAUUUAAACUAUAACAUUAGGCAUAAUGGUAAUUUUCUCCGUACUCAAAAUGCAAACAAACUGGAUAUUACUUUUUUUUUUGUACAAAUUUAGCAUAUAGCUGCAGGCUGAGAGAAUUGUAACAUAGCAUGACAAAUUCGGUGUUGACCUGAAGGACUCACACCAUCAUUCCUUAGAAGUAAUUACGUGUGCCAGAACACCUUUGGGACAGGGUUGGACUAUACUUUCUCAGAAGAGAAAUUACCUACCCCUCCCUGAUGCUGUACAGUCCUUCUCUUCUCACCUUUUCUUCUUUGCUAUUCGUAGUGGAAACAUUUGAAUGAACCUUGGCACUGCUUGAUUUGAAACUGUGGAAACCAGAGAUCUGUUUCAUGUCUUAUUUGUACGCGUUGGCUAAUGGUCGCUAAAUAACCAGUUUUUUGUCCUAACUGCACCAAUUCUGAAGGCACUUUAUGUACGACAUGGAGGUCCUAUCUGGUUUUGUAAUUGUUUUGUUUUUUUACCGUAGACAUUCAAUGUGAUGAUUAUUUCUUCUCCCUGCACACAUCUUUCCGGUGCAAUAUCUAUCAGUUUUGACUCUGGCUACUGGUGUAUAAAACCCAGCUGUAAAGCUGAGCCUACAGACCCCGUCCUCACCCAUUGUUCUGUGAUUGCGGGGCAACUACCAAGAUUCAUUGAAUGCACACUUCGUCUAACCGGGUUUUGUCCCCUGGGACAUGUUGCAUGCUUCGCCACUGUGUAUUGCCUGAGUGGUGUCCGUUCUGUGCUGGACUGAAAAGUGAGCGGGAACUUGGACUUGACCCCCACAGUCGGUUGGGCCGUUGGGCUGGCCGUGGCGGGGAUGGAGGGUUCCACGCGCUUGGAUACUUUGCCGCUUGUGAGUGUUGGUCGCAGAAUUCCGUGGUGUUUUGAGAGAAAGCCUGAGGGCAGCCUGGGAGUUCAGCAGCCCUGCUGUCCUUUUAACCUGUGUUGUCCUAAACCCUGUCGUGACAGGGGGCUGUAGAGAUUCGAUCUCUUGCUGGUGAUAAGACAGAAAAUCGUGGUUUUGGGGCCUCCCUGUUGGUUAUGUAAGAAGGACCUUUUGGUGUAAGAAAUUCAUUGUUACCCAGCUCUGG